GUCACUGGCAGUCGGUCUUGAGGUUCCUUAAGGCGAGCAGGGAACCCUCGCCUUUCUCUAGUGAGACUGACAAAGAACAGAGAAAGUGAGUGAGUGAGUGAGAGAAGGAUGGAGGGAGGGAGAGACAUGAACAGCAGCAUGACGCGGAGCAGCGACGUGGUGGCGAUGGACCUCCACACCUCAGACUCCCACAUGGUCUCCUUCGGCAAGCGGAGUGGCUGUUUCGUGAGCCGCUCCGUCGUGUGGCUCUUCCUCAUCUUCUUCGUCAGUGCCCUCGUCGCCACGGGCCUCCUCGUCUACUUCUUCGCCCCGCACGUCAGGACGGAGGACAGUCUGGCCACGAUAGAGCCGCAUAUUAUAGUGCGGGAGAUUCCCGACUUUAAGUUGCUGCCCACCACCUCCUCAACCACCUCAACCGCCGUCACCACCACCACCCCCACCACCACCACCACCGACAGCCCGGCCACCACUCCUGCCGCGGAUAAAAUCGACGUGCGCCUCCCGCGAUCCCUGCGUCCGCUGCACUACCUGGUGAAGCUGCAGCCGCUCAUCAACGGCAACCUGAGCAUCCUGGGCUACGUGGAGGUGGAGAUGGAGGUGCUGGAGGCCACGACCAACAUCACCCUCCACAUCGCCGACAUCAUCACCCACAACGACACCAUCAAGCUGCGUCCCCUCGGUGAGCCUGCGGGACCCGGCCUGGCCAUCGCCGCCCACCAGUACGACGCCGAGCGAGAGUUCUACGUGGCCCAGCUGAAGGAGCCGCUGCGGCCGGGCGGCAGAUACGUCCUGUCCAUGCACUUCCUCGGCCUGCUCAACGACCUGAUGAAAGGCUUCUACAGGUCCACCUACAGGGACGCUGACGGCACCGAGAAGAGGCUGGCGGCGACGCAGUUCCAGGCGACGGACGCGCGGCGAGCCUUUCCGUGCUUCGACGAGCCCGGGCUGAAGGCCACCUUUGAGGUGCACCUCGCCCGCCAGGACAACAUGACCUCGCUCUCCAACAUGCCCAUCAAGGAGACGCUGCCCAUGGCGGGCCAGGAGGGCUGGCUGUGGGACCACUACCAGACCACGGUGAACAUGUCAACCUACCUCCUCGCCUUCGUCGUGUCGGACUUCGUGUACCUAAAUUCUACCACCAAUAGUGGGACACUUUUCAGAACCUGGGCCCGGGAGGCAGCGCUGGACCAAGCCAAGUACUCGAGUAGCAUCGGGCCGCCCAUCCUGGACCAUUUCGAGGAGUAUUUCAGCCAGCCGUACCCGCUCCCCAAGCAGGACAUGAUUGCCCUCCCGGACUUUUCCGCCGGCGCCAUGGAGAACUGGGGCCUCGUUACUUACAGAGAGACAGCGCUGUUGUACGACCCUACAGUGUCCACAGCAUUGAGCAAGUUCUAUAUAGCGGCGGUGGUGGCGCACGAGCUGGCGCACCAGUGGUUUGGCAACCUGGUGACGCCCCGCUGGUGGACGGACCUGUGGCUCAACGAGGGAUUCGCCUCCUACGUGGAGUACAUCGGAAUGCAGAGCGUGGAGCCGUCGUGGGGCGUCAUGGAGAUGUUCGUGCACCUCAAGCUGCAGAGCGUGAUGGACAAUGACAACAUUCAGUCUUCUCAUCCGAUCAGAAUCGAAGUUCACAACCCAAAUGAAAUCGGUCAAAUAUUUGACCAAAUCACUUACAACAAAGGCUCCACAGUCAUCCGCAUGAUGAACCACUUCCUGACGGAGGCGGUGUUCAGGCGUGGCGUCAACACUUAUUUGGAGGAAUUCAAGUACGACAGCGCGGAGCAGGACGAUCUGUGGCGGCACCUGACGGAGGCGGCGCACGCGGCGGGCACGCUGCCGCCGGAGCUGAGAGUCAAGGCCAUCAUGGACACGUGGACGCUGCAGAUGGGCUACCCCGUCAUCAGGGUGGAGCGGAGCCCCGACGGCACCUCGGCCAGCGUCUCCCAGGAGCGGUUCCUGCUGGUGAAGGACGACAGCGCCAAGGACACGCACGACUACAAGUGGUGGGUGCCGCUGACCUACACGGGCCAGCAGCGGCCGGACUUCAGCCAGACGCAGCCCCAGGUGUGGAUGAAGGACUCGGAGGCGCAGGUCACCGUCACCGACCUGCCCCCCAAGGACCAGUGGGUCAUCUUCAACCUGCAGGAGACCGGCUACUACAAAGUCAACUACGACCAGCACAACUGGAACCUGCUCACCCAGCAGCUGCUCAACGACCACAGCGCCAUCCACACGGUCAACAGGGCGCAGAUCAUUGAUGACGCUUUUGACCUGGCCCGCGCUGGUCAGCUGAACUACACUGUGGCUUUCAAGAUAUUUAGUUAUCUAUACAAGGAGAAGGAGUACCUGCCCUGGAAGGCGGCCACCGGCGCCUUGAACUACGUGAUAAGUAUGUUCAAAAUGACGGGAGCCUACGGAUCCCUGCAGAAAUACAUCCGGGGGCUGGUGCGGCCCGUGUAUGACAUGACUGGCUUCGAGGACAAGCUCGACGACCCCCUGCAGACCAGUCUCCUGCGGGGUGUCGCCCUCAACUGGGCGUGUGCCAUGGAGCACCAGCCGUGCCUCGACACGUCCUCCAAACUCUUCAGGCAGUGGAUGCUUCAGCCCGACAACGCGACCAUCAUCACGCCCAACGUCAAGUGGGUCGUGUACUGCCGGUCGCUGGAGGCGGGCGGGGAGGAGGAGUGGAGCUUCGCCUGGGACCGCUACCUCAAGAGUAACGUCGGCUCAGAAAAGACCCAACUAUUGUCAGCGAUGGGAUGCACCAAAAAGCAAUGGCUCCUGUCCAGGUACUUGGAUAUGGCCUUCGAUGAAAACAGCGGCAUCCGGAAGCAGGACAGCCAGCGGGUGUUCGCGGCCGUGGCUCACAACAGCGUGGGUCGCCGGCUGGCCUGGGACUACCUCAGGACUAACUGGGCCAAGAUCUAUAAGUACUUCGGAGGCAAGGCGAAACAAAGGCUCAUCACUGCCGGCACCAAAGACUUCAACACGGAGCAACAUCUGAAUGAGGUGCUGGCGUUCAAGGUGGAGCGCGGAGAGGAGCUUGCCGCGGCGUCCCGAACGGUGGACAACGUGGUGGAGCAGAUCAAGAACAACAUGGUAUGGAUAGAACAGAACUACCAGACCAUCGUCGCCUGGCUGAACGAGGAGGGCUUCAACAAGAAACUCCGGAGCUCUUGGCACGAGAAGAUGAAGGAGGGGGAUGCGAUGAUUAUGUAAGGACAGAGCUGAAAAAAGGAAGAUAUGAUGGCCACGUAACUUAAGUAACAAUAAUGAUAAAAAAGAAUGAUGGAUGUGUUGACCAGUGUUAUGUAAGGACAAUGAUGAGCUGAAAAAAAGAAGAUAUAAUGGCCACGUAGCUUAAGUAAUAAUAGUGAUAAAAAAAAAAGAAUAAUGAGGAUGAAAGGAUGGUCAUGAAAAAUACGUGAAGUGAAAAGGGAAAAGAGUUUAUGGCAAAAAAAAAGAAGAAAAAUUACGAAACAACAAUAAAAA